UUAAUAUAGAGGGUAAGAGAAACAGCUUGGGGCAGGUGAGUUGAGACAUGGAUGCUGAGUGGAAGUGUGUAGCAGUGUCCUUGUUCUGUGUUACCAGUGUGAGUGUUUUCCUGCUGAAAUGGAGAGAACAUCAGACGGUGAAGAGGAAACUGCAGAGAGCCAGAGAGAAGAGAGAGAAGGAGCUGGGACAGGCAGAGAAAGCUGUCAGCUGCUUUAAGACUCAGAAUGCUGGUGUUGAUUUGAGCUCCAUCGUGACUCUCCCUCUAGCUGAGCUGAGUAAACGGAUCAGAGAUGGAUCUCUGCAGCCAGACGCUGUUCUCCACGCCUACAUGGAAAAAGCUCUGGAGGCGAACAGGAAAGUGAACUGUAGCACCGCUGUCCUCACGGAGAGUCUGAAACAACUGGAGGACAUCGAGUCGCACAGAGACGGCCUCCUCUACGGCAUUCCCAUCAGCAUCAAGGACAAUCUGGAUUAUGAGGGCUACGACUCUACCUGUGGCGUGUUGACUAAGUUGGAUGAUCCUGCCGUUAAGGACAGUGUGCUGGUCUCGGUACUGAAGAAGCAGGGUGCGAUCCCCUUCAUCAAAACCAACAUCCCACAGGGUCUCCUCAACUAUGAAUGUAGUAACCCCAUAUACGGGAGGACGGUGAACCCCUGCAACGUCGAGAAGACGUGCGGCGGCUCUUCAGGAGGCGAGGGUGCUCUGAUCGCUGGAGGAGGAUCUAUUCUGGGUCUGGGAAGCGACAUCGGAGGAAGUAUCCGCAUCCCGGCAGCCUUCUGUGGCAUCUGCGCCUUAAAACCCACAAACAACCGGAUAAGUGUGCAUGGACUCAACUCGUGUGCAAAAGGCGGGAAGACUGCCCUGACGGCCGUUGGUCCCAUGGCCCGUGAUGUUGAGAGUCUGGCUCUGUGUAUGAGAGCUUUACUCUGCCCAGACAUGUUCACUCUGGACCCUACGGUUCCUCCAAUACCGUUCAACCAGCAGGUGUACGAGAGCUCGGAGCCCCUGAGGAUCGGUUACUAUGAGAACGACGGGUACUUUCAGCCGUCUCCAAGCAUGAGCAGAGCUCUACUAGAGACCAAAGAGCUCCUGGAAAAAGCAGGACACACGCUGAUUCCGUUUAACCCUCUCAGGACAUUCACCGCCUUCCAUGAGUUUGUUGUGAGGGGAAACUUUGCAGACGGCGGCGCCACACUCCUGCAGCACUUUAAGAAAGGCCCGGUCGAUCCAACUAUGAAGCAUCAGGUCUUGUACUGUGCGUAUCCUCUGUUUGGGAAGAGGCUGGUGUCGCUGCUCCUCAGACCCAUCUAUCCACGCAUGGCUGCGUUUAUACACGCUGUCUGUGGUGUCGGUGGUGUAGAAGAACUGUGGAAGCAGCACAAUGAGGUCCAGGUAUAUAUCCAUGAGACGGUAGCUGAGUGGAGGAAGCUGGAGCUGGACGUUCUGCUCUGCCCCAUGCUGGGCCCGGCCUACAACUUCAACUACGCCGGAAAACAAAGCUCUGCUCUGAGUUACACUGCGUUGUACAACUUGCUCAACUUCCCUGCUGGAGUCGUUCCUGUCACUGAGGUCACGGCCGAGGACGAAGAUCAGCUGAAACACUACAGAGGAUACUUUGGAGACGCCUGGGACAAGACCUUUGUCGAGGCUGUACGAGGCGGUGUGGGUCUGCCGAUAGCAGUGCAGUGUGUGGCUUUGCCCUGGCAGGAAGAGAUGUGUUUACGCCUAAUGAGAGAAGUGGAAAAGCUCUGGGCCGAGAACAAAUGCUCCAACACACAGCACUAAAUGCACACCCAUUCCACACACAUAUAUAUAUAUAUAUAUAUAUAUAUAUAUAUUGCAUUAUCCUUGAGCAGAAACCUCUUCUUUUAUAAACGGCUAACAAAUAAUGGAAUUAUAUUGUACGGAUAUAAUGUUUAUAUUUACGAAUGCAAAGUUUACAUUUAUAUAUGUAUCCCAGUCAUAUGAUUUGAAACCAAUCCUUUGAUGUUCAAGUGAGGUUUAAUAAAUAAUUUCAAUUCAAAAGGUUGUAAGGGAACUGGGUCUGUUUAUUGUCAGUCUCGCACAAUAAUCUCUCAUUAUAUAACCUUGUUUAUAAUGUAGACAUUUUACUAGAGAUUAAAACGACAAACUUUUAAAGCCGUUCCAGCGUGACAAUGCCCCUGUGCACAAAGUGGGCUCCAGGAAGACGUAGUUAGGGUUGGUGUCGAAGAACUCAUUCAUAGGGGUGCCAAUAGUUGUUGCACACCUAUAUUUAACAAACAUUUUUUUGGUGUUGUGUUUGCGAUUGUUUUUUAACAAUAGAUCUAACGGUUCAACAAUGAAGACAAUUUUUCACAGCCUUCUUUGCUCAUAUUUACCAAGGGUGCCAAUAUUAGUGGAGGGCACUGUAGGUGUGCAACAAUUAUUGGCACCCCUAUGAAUUCAUAUGAAAGUAUGUUCCCAUUGAUAUUUUACAUUUUUUAGUACACCUGGGUGACUAGGAACAGGAAACUGUUCAAGCAUGAUGUCCUGUUUCACAGGGGUAUAAAUAUGAGGUAACACAUAGGCCAAAUUCCCUUAGCAGAGUAUUUUUGUGAUUUUUUUUGAACAGAAGAUGCUACUUUGGGAUAAAAUUAUUCGUAAACAUGGUAUUAGCUUCCACUGUUAUGCUGAUGACACACAGAUGUAUGUUUCAGCAAAGUCAGAUGACAGACCCCAGCUUAAUAAAGUUAAGGUAUGUGUGAAAGAGA